AUGGGUGCAACGAUUUCUAAUGAAGAAUUUAUUUAUAAUGAAAAGAUUAAAGGUAAAGAGAGCGUUAAUUCCGCUUUGGAACCAAAUUUUGAUUGGGCCAUCGUAGAAGAAAAGGAUGAUGAUAAUUGUGACGAUGACAAUGGCAAAUUAAUAGCUAAUUAUGCUGCAUUUCCAAAGGAAAUUCAGGAAGGUUAUAAAACGCAUUCAACUCAUUUUGCAUUUAAACAUAUUUUUAAUGGAAAUUUUAAAGCGCCUUUAAAACAUCAUCUCAAAUCAGGUUCAAAAAUUUUGGAUGUGGGAUGCGGGUACGGAUUAUGGUGUGAGGAGAUGGCAAAUGAAUUUCCUGAUGUAAAUGUGUUUGGAAUUGACUUAAUCACAAAUUUUUCGUCAAAAAUCAAGCCUUAUAAUUGUAAAUUCCUUCCCGGAAAUGUUAUAUUUGGAUUACCUUGGGCUGAUAAUACUUUUGAUUAUAUUUGGUCAAGGGAUUUAUUCACCGAAAUUAAAAGUAAAGAUUGGUUAAGUUUGUUGUUAGAAAUGCAUAGAGUGUUAAAACCUGGGGGUAUCAUAGAAUUUCAAGAGACUGACGGUUAUGCAUUGUCUGCCGGGCCUUUAUUGAAAAAUAUUCAAUCUAAUCGUUUACAUGCGGCAUUAACGUUACGAGAUCUAGAUUUUAGAAUUGCGUGUAGACUUGGUGAAAUUGUAAAGUUGGCAGAAUUCGAAGACAUAAAUGAAUCAUAUCACUCGAUACCUAUCGGAAAAUGGGGUGGGAAAAUAGGAGAAAUUUGGGCGUCGGAUUUAAAAGAAUCUUAUCUUUCAAUGCAACCUUGGUUAUCUUCAUGUAUGAGUAUAAGUGAAGAUGAAUAUAAUCAUACUAUUAAGGAGAUCUUUGAUAAGGAACUAGACACAUGCCUAACUUACAUGAAUCAUCAUAUAAUUUGGACGACUAAAAAACUACAUAAAUAUUAUUGGAGAUAA